UUGUGUCGUGUGUCGCGCGCUCGCCGGCGGUGUCCGGUGGUCGCAGCGUCCGUCGUUGGAAUGCAACAGGUAACCGAUUCCAGGAAGGCCGCGGUCCGUUACCGUGCCGAAUAUCUCCGGCAGUCAAACGCGCCGACAAGUGCGCCGGCCACUUGCGACAACAGCGUGCGAUGCACCGCCCCCUCCCCCCGCCGCCGGGCCCGGCCCCGCAGGCCCCGCGGGCCCCCGGCCUCCGCCGCUGCAUUCCAAACGACAUUAAGUUAG